AUGUCCAGCGUUGUUAGCACCACACAGAAAGGCUAUGAGUAUGAAAAGAAAAUAUACGAUAUCCUCGUAGAAGCCGGCCUUGAUGUAGAAUGGUGGGCUUCGCCAAUAAGGGAACUCUCAGACCUUAUUGGUGAACUCAAAGAAAAUAAGAUUUUCCGUUGCUACAUUGGGAUGGUAGUGGCAAAAUCUUUCACUAAAUCAGCGUACAGAUGGGGUGAAAAUAUGCUAGUGAAAGAUUUGCAAGACUUCGUUGCCUGUAAUCUAAAUGCUCUAGCAGAGAAAGAGGGCAUUGAAGUUGUAUUAUGUAAUGCAGUAACAGGCACGAAUAAAAAGCUGGAGAAGCUGGAGAAGUUGAAGGAUUUGGAGAGAGAUAUAAAAAUAGUGUUAGAAAGGGGUGAAAAGAUGGAGAAGGAAUGGGAAAUGGAACGUUUAAGGCGAGAUAGAAGAGAUAUUUUGAUGUGGUGGGCUUAA